AUGCUCGCCGUCCUCCCUCUCUCGCAGCCUACGUCCUCCAACAGCUACAUGAACAUAACCAACAGCACCUCUUCCAAUGGCUCAACAAUAAAGGGCUUUCCCCUCCUUGGGAAUUCGAGAAUACUAGCGGGCCCAAUUGUGGCAUCGCAAAGGGAUCAGGAACCUCCUACACCCAACUCCCUAAUUGAAGAAAAGUGUCAAACAACUCAGCCCACCGAAACCCCCUUCACCGCAAAAGAAGCUGCUGAGUUUGCCAGGAUGGGCGCCUGUCUGAUUGCUCUGCCUCCGGAGGAGGGGCCCUGGAAAGACCCUGUUUUUGGGAAUGGCAAUUGA